AUGAAGGAAUUAUUUUCGCGAAUAGACUUUUCUCUUUUGGUCAGCGAACGACUGGACAACGCGUACCAUAGGUACUUCGAGUACCAUCCUGCACGUGCUGGCCUUCUUGCCCGGGAGCUGCACAAGCUGAACGUGCAUGUGGCCGCCAUCCAGGAAGUUCGAUGGCCCGGUCAUGGAGAGCGAGAAUUCACGGCGGUGGAUCCCAUCGCCAACACCUCUUUCAAGUACCACAUCUACUACAGUGGCGGCGAAAAGGCGAUGCACGGAGUCGGUUUCGUAGUGAUUGGGGAUCAGAAGAACCGAGUCAUCAAGUGGAAGGUGGUGAAUGACCGGAUCUGCGUGUUGAGAAUAAAGGGCAAAUUCUUCAACUACAGCCUGAUCAACAUCUACGCGCCGACGAACGACAAGCCCGAUGACGAUAAAGACGCCUUCUACGAGCGUCUCGACAAGACCUAUGGAGAGUGCCCAAGACACGACGUGAAGAUAGUCAUCGGAGACGCAAAUGCGCAGCACACCUGGCGCCACCCGAAUGGCGAAUCGUGCACACAAAUCGAUCACGUUUUGGUGGAUGGUCGACACUUCUCGGACGUGAUGGACGUCCGAUCGUACAGAGGACCGAACAUCGACUCUGAUCACUUCCUGGUAGCGUGCAAGAUCCGAGCUAGGCUGUCGAACGUGUUGACCCCGCGGACUGCGAGGAUAGCGCGGUUGAACGUCCAGCGCCUCGCGAGCAGCGACGUUGCUGCAGAGUACAGUCGGAAGCUCGAAGAGCGGAUCAACGAGGACGCGCCUACGGUGAUCGGCACGACCAGAGGACGCAAACCCAAAGGGUGGUUCGAUGCGGAGUGCCAGCGAGUGACGGACGAGAAGAACGAGGCCAGGAAGCGUAUGCUGGUGAAGGGUACGCGCCGGAACUGUGAGCGAUACAGUGAGUUACGAAGAGCAGAGAAACGAAUCCACCGCCGAAAAGAACGGGAGUACGACGAAACGGUACUCGCCGAAGCGGAAGCACAGUACAACGCGAACGAUAAGCGGAGGUUUCACGCAACUGUCAACGGUGUAAGAAGGAAAACCACGCCUUCCCCUGUGAUGUGCAACGACACGGAAGGCAACCUGUUGACAGACAAGACUGCGGUGGCGGCUAGGUGGAAGGAGCACUUCCAGCAGCUGUUGAACGGUGAGACACGAGAGGGAAUCGUCGAGGACAGGAUACACGUUGAGGAAGAUGGAAAAGCUGUGGACCCGCCUACGUUGGAGGAAGUAGCUAAGGCUGUUAAAGAGCUCAAGAACGGGAAAUCCGCGGGAAAGGACGGACUUCCGGCCGAACUUUUCAAGCACGGGAGUACGCGGAUGACCAAGAUUCUGCACCAAAUCAUCCUACGCAUUUGGUGCGAAGAACAGCUUCCGACCGACUGGUUAGACGGGCUCGUCACCCCAAUCUACAAGAAAGGGCAAAGACUCGAUUGUGCCAACUAUCGAGGCAUCACAAUCCUCAACGCAGCGUACAAAGUACUCUCCCGCAUCCUGUGGAGCAAGCUGAGACCGAUGACCGAGACCUUUGUCGGCGAAUACCAGUGCGGUUUUCGAGCGGGUCGGUCAACGACGGACCAGAUGUUCACUCUGCGACAAAUCCUCGACAAGUUCCGGGAGUACAACCUGCAAACACACCAUUUGUUCAUCGACUUCAAGGCGGCGUACGUGCAUUCGUGCAACGCUCGACGGAGCAAAAUCAAGCGUGCGAAUAGCUAA